GUCGCUCGCUCACACACCGUCUCUCUCUCGUUCAGCGUUCCAUUGAGCACCGUUCAACGUUCCACCGUUCACCGUUCACCGUUCACCGUUAGUUUUCGCCGCGCUUUUGCCUCUCUCGCCGUGCGUAGCGGCAGCAAGCAGCAACAACAAAAAGGUUCGCCGUCGCCAAAACAAACAAACAAACAAAAAAAGAGAAGCCACAAAAUAACAUUUCAUUCUACCAUAAGAAAGUGCGUGAAACACAACAAAAGAUACAGCAGAUACAAGAUUCAAGAUACAAGAUACUUCUUCAACAAAAGCAACAAAAGAUAUACAACUAUAACCGAUAACCGAUCGUUCAGUUCAGUUCAGCAGUCGAUCGAUCAGCAUAUCGUGUGUGUCCGUGUCCUAUGUGUGGGAUAUGUUUUUUUACGGUGUAACCAGUGCCUCCUCAACCCUCAAACAAUAAACAACUGCAGCCAUAAACCCGAAUGUACCGCAGAAUAUCUGGAUCCUAAAUUGGAAUAUAUAUUAUACGAUCUGAUCCGAACGAUCCCAACGAUCCAUCCUAGUCGCCUACGAUCGAUCAGAGAUCGUUCUGUUUGUGUUUUUUUUUUCGAUACAUUCAAACACACACAACCAUUGAGGCGACAGAUCGAGAGGGUCCCAGCUUGGAUUUCGGCAGAAGGAAGGAAGGAUACUAGGAGUUCUUACACCGUCAGCGUCUCUUAGAUCGGUCUCAAGAUUGAUUUCGGGGAGAUAGCUGCAGCACGUGGCGAGCGGACACACAACAGCUUCAACGUGGCGCUCCACUCGACAGAGGCCCUGAUGGCGGCGGGUUUCCUCAAAUCUGGCGAUUUGGGCCCCCAUCCGCACAGCUAUGGCGGCCCGCAUCCCCAUCACUCGGUGCCGCACGGGCCCCUGCCGCCGGGCAUGCCGAUGCCGUCUUUGGGUCCCUUCGGCCUCCCACAUGGUCUCGAGGCCGUUGGGUUCUCCCAAGGUAUGUGGGGUGUCAACACAAGAAAACAGCGUCGGGAGCGCACUACAUUCACACGCGCCCAAUUGGACGUCCUGGAGGCACUGUUCGGCAAGACCCGCUAUCCGGAUAUAUUCAUGCGCGAAGAGGUGGCUCUCAAGAUAAAUCUGCCCGAGUCCCGAGUACAGGUUUGGUUCAAGAAUCGACGCGCCAAGUGCCGCCAACAGUUGCAGCAGCAGCAGCAGUCGAACAGCUUGAGCAGCUCCAAGAACGCCAGCGGCGGGGCAGGCAGCGGCAGCUGCAGCGGCUCCAACAACAGCCGUAGCGGCGGCGGCGGCGGCAGCGGCAGUGGCAACAACAACAGCGGCAGCGGCAAGUCCGGCGGCCAAAAGCAGAGCCAAAGCCAAAGCGGCGGCGGCGGUGGCAGCAGCAGCUCUGCGGCGGCAGCGGCCAGUGCAGCGGCAGCCGUGGCGGCGGCCCAGUCGAUCAAGACGCAUCACAGUUCCUUCCUGAGCGCCGCUGCUGCGGCAGCUGCUGGGGGAUCUGGCGGUGGCAACAAUGGCAACAACAGCAGCGGCAGCAACAACAACAACAACAACAACAACAGCAACAACAACGGCGGCGGAUCGACGCCGAACAGCAGCAGCAGCAGCACCGGCGGCAGCAACUCCCACAGCCACGCGCAUCUAUCCGCAGCAGCAGCAGCGGCCGCCCUGAACGUGACGGCGGCGCACCAGAACUCCUCGCCCUUGCUCCCCACCCCGGCCACCUCCGUCAGUCCCGUUAGCAUCGUCUGCAAGAAGGAGCACGGCCUGACGGGCGGCUACGGUGGCGGCGGCGGCGGCGGCGGCGGCGGCGGCGGCGGUGGAGGCGGAGGCGUUGGCUCCUCCGGCGGCGUUGGCCUCAAUCUCGGCGUCGGCGUGGGCGGCGGCGUCGGCGGUGGCGUCGGUGUCGGUGUGGGCGUCUCCGGGGAUGUGCUCCGCUCGCCAUACGAUCAGCUGAAGGACGCCGGCGGUGACAUCGGCGCUGGGGUGCAUCACCAUCACAGCAUCUACGGAUCGGCGGCGGGCAGCAAUCCCCGCCUGCUGCAGCCGGGCGGCAACAUCACGCCGAUGGACAGCAGCAGCAGCAUCACCACCCCCUCACCGCCGAUCACCCCCAUGUCGCCGCAGUCGGCAGCAGCGGCCGCACAUGCCGCGCAAUCGGCCCAGUCCGCCCACCACUCGGCCCACUCGGCCUACAUGUCCAACCACGACUCGUACAACUUCUGGCACAACCAGUACCAGCAGUACCCCAACAACUACGCCCAGGCGCCCAGCUACUACUCCCAGAUGGAGUACUUCAGCAACCAGAACCAGGUGAACUACAACAUGGGCCACUCGGGGUACACGGCCUCCAACUUUGGCCUCUCGCCCUCGCCCAGCUUCACCGGCACUGUGUCCGCCCAGGCCUUCUCGCAGAACAGCCUCGACUACAUGUCGCCGCAGGAUAAGUAUGCGAAUAUGGUGUAGAAUCUACUCUUCCAGUACUGCGGCACGAGCAGCACGAGCAACACGGGGAGCGGCAGUGCGAGUGGCAGUGGCAGUGGCAGUGGCAGUGGCACGGGGAGUGCUGCAAGUGGCAGCAGCAGCGGGCGAUCGCCACAAUUGCAAAUGGAGCAGCAUCAUCAUCAGCAGCUGCAGCAGCAGCAGCAACAUCAGC